AUGCCCUGCGAGAUUGUUCUCAAGAUCCUGAUCGCGUAUUCCGCCGUCCAUUAUUCUCUAGAGCAAGAGCGGAUGACGCGAAUGACUGUCGAUAGCCUCGGUCGGCAAUCCGCGACUGCCGCGUUGACCAAGCUGGAUGGCGAGCACGGACGAGCGGACUCACGCUGGGAGCAAGAUCCAUUUCAAGGCCCUUUCGGAAUCCUGAGGCUAUCGCCGAGCGCGACAUCUCCAGGUGGCCAUGAUGCAUCUCAGCCAGACCGGGGCGAGUCAUCUCAGGCGGACUGGGACUUCCUCUGGCCUUCUCUGGACUCCGCUCCUACCAUUGCAGAGGAUAACCACUUGUUUGAUGGCCUUUACGACAUAACCGAAGAUGUCGAAGACGUGCCUAGAGCGGAUUUGUCGUUAGAAGUUGACCCAAUGCUGGACAAUCUGGAGGUGCUAUUACCAGGCCCUCUAGGCAUCAUUUCCGAUGAGCUUGUCGGUCAACAAACUCCUCUACAAACAUCUCUAAUACCCAACCCCUCCCUGGCACUAUCAAGGAGCAAGUAUAUUCCAUCACAGGCACCGGAACUACUCCGAUAUUUCAAAGAGAACAUCAUCUCCCUAUCAUUCCCGUUGAAGAAUUGUCGGAAAUGUCCCUGGCAGGCAAUCCAUCUUCCCACUGCAAUGAGUACAUAUGCAGAGCUCAGUAUCCAGCAGACCGCUAGUCAUACGAGGCUCUCCUUAUUCUACUCACUGCUUGCCGCCAGCUGUCUCCAUAUGCUUUCACGUAAUCCAAACGCCGUAGACUUGAACACGUCAUCAAAGGGGUAUAAAGAAAUAGCCAAACAACAUCUCGAGCUAGCCCUCAAUGAGGAAGUUCUUGGACCAAGACGUGCCAAAUAUAAGGAGCUGUUGAUGGCUGUUCUUUCUAUGGUUAUGCUCUCGAUAUUUCACGGAGAAAACUCCAAUGCUCAAGCCUUCCUAGUCGACGCAGAGUAUCUCAUUCGCAUACGAGGGCUGCCUAAGCCACACAAGUCACUCAAAGUCCGCUCCCUUCAUCAUGUCUAUACGUACAUACGUAUCAUGGCUGAGAGCACGUGCGGCUGCGCACUCCUUGAUAUAUGCCCGGACCGCCCUAGUUCCAGCUUACUAGCGAUUGAAUCCUCCCCUCUCUCCCUACGAAGCUUCCGUGUGGCGCAUGAUAGUCUGGACGAGGAGAUUGAUCUCAGCUUACAGAAAAGCGACGAAGUUGGCCACAACGACAUCCAUCUAGAGGUGAUGGGCCAAUGGAGAGACACACUCUACCCAGAUAUCUACGGUGUUCCGGAGUCGUUGAUGACUCUUCUCUCGCAGACGAUCCGCAUUGCCAACGAACGAGAGUUACUGCAUCGCAGCGCUACGGUUGACACCAACGUACUACAGGAUCUGGAAAAACGCGCGAGCCUCCUUGAGCAGUACAUCCUGUCCUGGGAGCUACCGUCCCGCCCCUAUCCCUCCUUAAUAAGCCAUUCGGCCAUUGAGGGUAGCGAGGACAGCGACAAUCAUACAUCCCAGCUAUUGAUGCGAGCAAUGCAUCAAGCUCUAAUCCUAUUCUACUAUCGUCGGAUUCCUAACAUAAGCGCCCUGAUUCUCCAAGAUACCGUCCGGAAAUGUCUGGAUUUCCUGCGGCGCAGCGACAACGCACGUGCUGACAGUGUGUCGAAUGAUACCGCGAUUCUUUGGCCUGGCUUUGUCGCCGCCUGUGAGGCGUUAGACCCUGACUUGCAGCGCGGGUUGCUAGACUGGUUGGUCACCACUGGCCAGCGUACAUCACUCUCUUCUUUUUCGGCCGCGGCGAAGACUGCACAGAUGAUUUGGAACGCGCGCGAUCAGGCGAAGGAUUAUACGCUGAGUUGGUUUGAUGUUCUGAAGCAUGAGCGAUAUAUCAGCCACGACUACAUGAAUGAUGAGUAUAGUAGGAUGAAUCCAGCGUUCGGUAGUCGAAUGUCUCCAGCAAGAGUCAAGAACAUCCUUUUCAGCUCGAGUCGAUUCUAA